ACAAGUAACAAGAGUUGCUCCACAAUGCUGUUCUUUCGCUUCGCAGCGCCUUUUCCUCUACAAGGUUUCAAACUGCUUUGUAUUUUCAAGGGCAAUUUCGUGCUUUGAAGCGUGAGCCAUUCCACGACUCUUCCGCUUCUUUCACAGGAACUUGUGGAAUUCGUCGCUGUUUUCGAUCCACUAGCUUGAAAAAAAUUCUUUGUCUUUUCGCAUAGUUAUUGGAAUCUAUUCGGUGGAACCCGGGAAAGCAGAGACUGGUUUGCUCGGAGAGACAUGGCGCCCGUAUUAGACGCUUUGCAGAGGGAAUGCACGCGUGGAACCUGUGAUGUCUUGGAGUUUGAAAGACCCUUUGAUGGCUUUAUCAAUUUUAACAGAAGUUUUCUUCAAGGCGUACAUGGAAAAUGUGCUUGAUAUAUGACUCGACAGCGAAUGAAUGAGAGCCUGUCUGUGUUCUAGAGUUUUCAAUUAAUUGCCAGUUUAGGUCAUAAUGCUGUACAAAUAGUCUUUGUUUUGAAAAGGGUGAAAGUUUGCACAAUAUGGCCUUUUAGCGACAGUUCGGAUAGGUAGAACUAUCAGAGAGCUAAGGCUUCCAUUCUUGAUUCUUGUAGACGAAAUAUCAAUCUCGGGGUUACUGCUCCUACUUUCGGUCUCACUCUUCUGGCAUUGAAAUAGUUCCUGUGUUAGCCGCUGUUUCUAUUACAGUGCGACUUGUACGUCAUGCCGUUUCUAUUGCCGUCUUCGAGUUCCAAACAAAAAUACACGGCCCCUGUUCAAUAAAAUCUGAUGCAACUGAGCACGUCCUGAUGACAUUUCCAUGUAAUCUGGUUGGAUUUGGAUCUAUGAUUGAGCUGUGAUCUCACGCUCCGUUCCUCUGCAAUCAUAAGUCCUACAUGUUGUCCGACGUUUGCGUUGUUCACAUGAAUUUGUAGAUGGGAAAACGAGCUCUUAGUGUCUGUCCCGAUGUGGAUGGAUCAGAAACCAUUAAAAAACAACUAUACUCUUUGCCAAUUGACCGACAAGCCUGCGAUGCAAGACGUCGAUUUCAUCACUGGAUGAUUGAGUGCAUCAUACCUGUAAAUGUUGUAGUAGUUGGAGAACAUUUGUAGCCUCUAUCUGAAUUGUGGCUGCACGCCUCAUACAGGAAGAUGUAGUUUCGCAGCUAUUCCUAACGGGAUUUGAGCUUCAUUUGGCGAAAAAAGAAAUAAGAAAUCCAAAGCUGCACUCGACGGUGUAGUAGAUUUUUAUAACUUACUGAAGUUUCAAACAGCUACGUGGAAAGUCUCUGUGAGAUCGUCACAGUUUCAAAUUAUUUGGAGGUAAACAGCUAAGUUCAGUAAACUCUAACGACGGCUUUUUCAAUCUGUGUUACUUAAAAGCGAAGGUGAAAUAUGAAUGUAGGGAAGAUGCUUUCAUGUAUAAACGUAUGAAUAGAGCCUAUGGAGACUUUCUCGAUCACGUACGAGACAGAUCCCAUGGAUACAUCAGUAGAAGUUUCUGGCGAAGCAACAGAACAAACGGGAGGAGAGGGAGUUAUUCUUAAUGGAGGGCUUUGGGUACAAGAAGGUGCAUGGAGAGGCUUCAGUGAUGAAGCUCUACCUCCUAAAAUAAGUGAUACUGCUGGGGAAGAUCUCACCACUCGUAUCGUUGUUCCAGUCAUAGCAGAGAAAACCUUGGUCAUCGGGCAUCCAUUCGACGUGCGGCGUAAAGAGACACUCUCUGUAAAAAGUGAAGCAAGCCCAUCGGACAUGUACAGCGCAGAGAACUUCUCAGGAGCAGCAGAUAUUUCACGAGAAGAGAUGUUGAACAGGCAAGAGAAACUUCUAAUUACAGCUGUUCAAACUCCACAUAGGAUAUAGUCACUUACAGAUGAGUUAACGGGAAGCAGUCACCGUGCGCAGAAUUUUUUUUGUAACGGACUUGUGGUCGAUGCCCUGCAGAAGUACCCUAAUACUUUUAAUAGCUGGUAGCACUUUAGAGUGUUGCUGAGAAAACCUGUCAAUCUGUUCUUAGUCAUCCCAGAUCUAUAUGUAAAUAAGAUGCCCUAAAGUGGUGGCGGUGGACAUGCCAGCUGAUUCUGAGAUCAUCAGACCUGAAAGUCCCUCAACUGAUGGUGAAGAAAUAUCUGUUCAUUCCACCGCCACCCGGAUAUUUGGCAUUGAGAAUCUAUGAUAUGUUGGUGUUUGUGGGAAUGUGAAACUUAACGAUCUGUGGUUGUCACUUCUGAUGGCAUCUGUUGGCUUACAUUGUAUUUAUUUUUGGUGUUUUGGACACUUCACUGACUGGUCGUCUAAUUAAACUUUCUGGAAACUCUUCCGCUCCAUUAAGUGGCGCCUGGCAACUUGUGAAAUUAAAAUACUUGGAAUUUCAAAAGAGAAGUCAGCAUACACAUGGAUCGGCUAUUUUGACCUAUUCUGUUCAAAUUGCAAUGAAAAUCUUAGUCCUCUUUCUGAGAUAGCAAGCUGAGAGAUACACUCACUGCUAAAUUUUCACCAAUUUUGAUUUCAUGGUUUACACAGACGAUACCUCCGUGAAUCAUAUUUUGCAGGUGUCAGAUAGCUAUGGACAUGGAAAAAAUACUUGUGAAUGCAGGACCAGGAGUGGAUGUGAAACCUUUAAUAGAGUAUAGACAUGCUGUUGGUCUUGGUUGUAAACGAAACCCAGCAGCUGAUGCAGGGUCCAUGAGAUUUAGAACUGAUUUUAUGGAAACUGGAGAUGCGAAACCACGAGGUUUGGGACGACUAAAAAUCAAUCGCGAUGAAGUUCAGGAAACCCGUGUUCAGAAAAAGAUAAAACAAGGAAUGUCUUGCGUACAUGAAGAAGGCCCUUCGAAAAUAUUCAUACUUAGUAAUUUAAAAGGUGGUGCUCUUCCUAAGCUUAUAGAAUGGGAGAAAGCAGCGAUCACAGCUUUGCAAAAGUAUUUUGGCCACCAGCAGUUAAAAAGUUUUCAAAGAGAAGCGGUUGAAGCAUGGGCAGAAAAUCGUGACUGUUUUGUUCUUGCUGCCACGGGCUCUGGCAAGUCCCUAUGUUUUCAGCUCCCAGCGUUGAUGACUGGAAAGGUAGUUGUAGUGGUUUCCCCACUUAUCAGCCUUAUGCACGAUCAAUGCUUACAGUUAGCGCGGCAGGGGGUGUCUGCUUGUUUUCUUGGUUCUGGCCAAGUUGAUAAGACAAUCGAACUCAAAGCCAUGGCUGGGAUUUAUAACAUUGUCUACGUCUGCCCGGAAACACUUCCUAGGCUGGAGAACUAUUUUCAGGGCCUUGCUCGAGGCAAGGGAAUAGCUCUGUUUGCAGUGGACGAAGCACAUUGCAUUUCAAAGUGGGGACAUGAUUUUCGUCCAACCUACAGGCAGUUAUCUAUGCUGAGGGAUAAAUUUAAAGUUGGUGUCAUUCCGGGAUUGAAGCAUCAGAUACCCAUCAUGGCGUUGACUGCCACCGCAACUCCUCGUGUGCGGAAGGAUAUCCUGACAUCCUUGGGGAUUGCUGCCGGAAAUCCAAGAAUUGUGCUCACCACAUUUUUCAGGCCAAAUCUUUACUUUUCUGUGCACCACAGUAAAACGACAAUGGAAACAUCGUAUGAACAUGAUUUUUCAUCUCUUAUCAAGACUUACACUGAGGACGUAAACAAAUUCCAAACAACAGCCUCAGCAUUAGAAGAAAAUCUUUUACAAGAGCGUAACAGAAUUAGUUCCAAAGAGGAUAAUCACAAUCUGAGAAUGGGUCUCUCUCAACUUGUGAACAGCACAUAUAGUGUUGCAUGGCCUGAUAAUAAAAAACAGGUCCCUGGAAAAAAAUUGAAUCAAGAUGAGGAUUUAAUCAUCUUAUCUGACGAGAAUGAGGAAGAGGAGGACUCCUCAAGUGCGGAAGGUGAUGAUUUGAAGGACACUGACUGUGACGGUGCUGAGCUGACUGGCGAAGUUUUGGAGGAUGAAGAUGAGGACGAGAGGUUUGGUGGUGAUUGCUUUGUUGAGUGUGGAGAAUUUAGCGGCCUCGGUGCUGCGAGUGAAAAAUCAGUUGGUCGACUUAAUAGUAUAGCGAUGGAAAUGAAGGGAGGUCCCACCAUUAUAUACACGCCUACAAGAAAGGAAACUGAGGCUAUUGCAAAGUUUCUAUGCGGACAUGGCAAAGCCGCUGCUUAUCAUGCUAAGUUGCCCAGAGCUCAUUUGAGACAAGUGCACGAGGGCUUUCACGGAGGCACUUUGCAGGUUGUUGUUGCCACUAUUGCUUUUGGAAUGGGAAUAGACAAGCCAAAUGUAAGGCGCGUGAUCCACUAUGGUUGGCCUCAGAGUUUGGAGGCGUACUACCAGGAGGCAGGUCGAGCUGGUAGAGAUGGUUCUCGUUCGAAUUGUGAACUAUUUGUUGAUAUGACUGUUCUGCCUUCAUUGCUGCCUAGCCGCCGAGAUUCUCUUCAAACGAAGCACUCUCUUGAAAUGCUAUUUCAAUGCUUCAGGUACGGUAUCAAACAAGAUUGCUGCAGAGUUCAUAUGAUCCUUCAAUACUUUGGCGAAGUUCUUCAGGGUGGUCUGUGUAACAUGUGCGAUGUAUGCCUGGAGGGUCCACCACCUGCUCAAAAUUUAGCUAGAGAAGCUGUGUUGCUGCUGGCAGCGAUUUGUAACUCUAAGAAGGAAGCUGUUGCCUCAGGAGCUGGUGUACAACCAAAAGAGAGAAUACUGAGAGGAAAAGGGAGAGCAGGAUGUACAAGUAAGACUUCAUCGGAGGGGCACAAUGGACCAGCUAUAGGAGAUGUUGUAGAACAAUUGGAGAAACAGGAGCUACACAAGGACAGAUUAUGGUGGAGGGGUUUCGUUCGCAUCCUUGCUGAUCGUGGUUACAUCCGGAAUACAACAUCAACAGUCACAAAUAAGCUGGCUAUGACUACCAUCAGAUACCCUCGGCUCACCUCCAAAGGACUUCGUUUCCUACGAACGCACGUCAAUGCAGAAGCGUCACAAGAUGCAAAACCUCUCAUGAUUCACUUGGAAGGUGAUAUGAUUCAAGCUUUGAGAAUAUCAAAGAACAACAAGGAACAGGACAUCAGAAGAAGCAAGGGAAUAGAGAAGGGGGUGGGGUGA